CCGCUGGGUUCCUCACCGUCCAGUUCCUUGACUUUUGCCUGUCUCCCCGUUCUCGGUAUGCACAUUUCCCUUCUUACUUGGGUCAGUACACUCUUGGUACACCACUGUGUCUACCCUCUUCCUUCGGUGUAUUUGAUUUCUCUUUAGAACAUUUUCAUCAAGGUUUUACACAGAACAAGGAACCCUGGGCGUCUACUGUCCCUAUUCUCCAGGUUACUUCCAUUUCCUUGGAACAGUUUUCCCUGAACCGCUCCCUUCUCCCCACCUCUCCACCCCCACCCAUGCCCUCUCCACAAGACAGAGUUUUAUUUAUGCUUUAAGGAUACUGACUUCCUCCAACGCUUGACCCAGUAGGCCCAGUACCAGGUCCAUCUGAAUAUUCUUAGCUCCCUUCUGUUGGUCAGUGCGCCAGCCCAACCUAUCCCAACCCAUACCCACUCAAAUGCUACCUUUCAGGAUAACCGUGGCUUGGCUUACCUGCUCUGGGGACUUCAGUGGAUCUGCUACUUACUCUCUUCCUGUUUAAUUCUGAAAUUUUCAAUUCAUUGUGCCACCCAAACUAUUUGUCGUCUAUUAUUUAAUCAGUAUUUAGUCUGGCAGUCACAACAUUGAUGACAAAUGAAUAGAUUUAUGUGCCCGGGGUCUAGGAAUCCUGGUUUUGAUAACAAUUUCCCCUGAUUUUACUGAAACACUUUAAGUUGGCCUCCUUGCAUCUGUAUUUCUAUUUUACAAGGUGAAAAAAAUGUUAAUAAGACUUCCAUUUUUGGGAAGACAAGGGGUUAUAUUGUUUGUAAGCAUUUUCACAUAUGAAAGUAGGAAUUAUUGUUCUUUCUAUAGCUAGUAAAGGGGUGUCAUGUCUCUGAGUCCACUGAACUAAGUCCGGUAUUCUAUACAACUGUGCCGUGCUGCCUCUAAUCCUUACCCACUUUUUUUCUUCACAUGCUGAUAAUGAGGAUUCAUGGGUCUUGAGUCAGAGUACCAGCCUUGGGGACCCUGGACCACUAUCAUGGAGACUGAGAGUGAGCAGAACUCCAACUCCACCAAUGGGAGUUCCAGCUCAGGGGGCAGCUCUCGGCCCCAGAUAGCUCAAAUGUCACUGUAUGAACGACAAGCAGUGCAGGCUCUGCAGGCACUGCAGCGACAGCCCAAUGCAGCUCAGUAUUUCCACCAGUUCAUGCUCCAGCAGCAGCUCAGUAAUGCCCAGUUGCAUAGCCUGGCUGCCGUCCAGCAGGCUACAAUUGCUGCCAGUCGUCAGGCCAGCUCCCCAAACACCAGCACUAGCCAGCAGCAGCCUGCCAGUACCCAGGCCUCUAUCAAUCUGGCCACGUCUACAUCGGCCGCCCAGCUCAUCAGCCGAUCCCAGAGUGUAAGCUCUCCCAGUGCCACUACCUUGACCCAAUCUGUGCUACUGGGGAACACCACUUCCCCACCCCUCAACCAGUCCCAGGCCCAGAUGUAUCUACGGCCACAGCUGGGAAACCUAUUGCAGGUAAACCGAACCCUGGGCCGGAAUGUGCCUCUAACCUCCCAACUCAUUCUGAUGCCCAAUGGGGCAGUGGCUGCAGUCCAGCAGGAGGUACCAUCUGCUCAGUCUCCUGGAGUUCAUGCAGAUGCGGAUCAGGUGCAGAACUUGGCAGUGAGGAACCAACAGGCCUCAGCCCAAGGGUCCCAAAUGCAAGGCUCCACUCAGAAGGCCAUUCCUCCUGGAGCCUCUCCUGUCUCUAGCCUCUCUCAGGCCUCUAACCAGGCUCUAGCUGUGGCACAGGCCUCUUCUGGGGCCUCAGGCCAGUCUCUCAACCUUAGUCAAGCUGGUGGAGGCAGUGGGACUAGCAUCCCAGUGUCCCUGGGUUCAGGUGGAGGUGGCCAGGCCCCUGGGGGUUUGGGUCAAUUGCCUUCCUCAGGAAUGGGUGGUGGAAGCUGUCCUAGGAAGGGUACAGGAGUAGUGCAGCCCCUGCCUGCAGCCCAAGCAGUGACUGUGAGCCAGGGCAGCCAGACAGAGGCAGAUAGUGCAGCAGCCAAGAAGGCAGAAGCAGAUGGGACUGGUCAGCAGAACGUGGGCAUGAACCUGACACGGACAGCCACUCCUGCGCCUAGCCAGACACUUAUUAGCUCAGCCACCUACACACAGAUCCAGCCCCAUUCAUUGAUACAGCAACAGCAACAGAUCCACCUCCAGCAGAAACAGGUGGUGAUUCAGCAGCAGAUUGCCAUCCAUCACCAACAGCAGUUCCAGCACCGUCAGUCUCAGCUCCUCCACACAGCUACACAUCUCCAGUUGGCCCAGCAGCAACAGCAGCAGCAGCAGCAGCAGCAGCAGCAGCAGCAGCAGCAGCAGCAGCAGCAAGCCACAACCCUCACUGCCCCUCAGCCACCACAAGUCCCACCUACUCAGCAAGUCCCACCCUCCCAGUCCCAGCAGCAAGCCCAAACCCUGGUGGUUCAACCCAUGCUUCAAUCUUCACCCCUGUCCCUUCCACCUGACCCAACCCCCAAGCCACCAAUUCCUAUUCAAUCCAAACCCCCUGUAGCACCUAUCAAGCCUCCUCAAUUAGGAGCUGCUAAGAUGUCAUCUACCCAGCAACCACCACCUCACAUCCCUGUGCAAGUUGUAGGUACCCGACAACCAGGUGCAGCCCAGGCACAGGCUUUGGGGUUGGCACAGCUGUCAGCUGCUGUCCCUACUUCCCGGGGGAUGCCAGGUUCGGUGCAGCCUGGUCAGGCCCAUUUGGCCUCUUCCCCAUCUUCAUCCCAGGCUCCUGGUGCUCUGCAGGAGUGCCCUCCUGCAUUGGCCCCUGGGAUGACCCUUGCUCCUGUGCAGGGGACAGCACAUGUAGUAAAGAGUGGAACUACCACCUCCUCACCUGUUGUAGCUCAGGUCCCUGCUGCCUUCUACAUGCAGUCUGUGCACUUGCCAGGUAAACCCCAGACAUUGGCUGUCAAACGUAAAGCUGAGUCUGAGGAGGACAGAGAUGAGGUCUCCACAUUGAGUUCAAUACUUCCUGCCAAGGGAUCUCCAGUAGCAGAGAGCCCAAAGGUCAUGGAUGAGAAGAGCAGUCUUGGAGACAAAGCUGAACCAGUGGCCAAUGUGAAUACUAAUACCCCAAGCAGUGAACUAGUAGCCUUGACCCCUGCCCCAUCAGCUCCUACAUUAGCCAUGGUGUCCAGACAAAUGGGUGACUCAAAACCCCCACAGGCCAUUGUGAAGCCCCAGAUUCUCACCCACAUCAUUGAAGGCUUUGUUAUCCAGGAAGGAGCAGAACCUUUCCCGGUGGGGUGUUCUCAGUUACUGAAGGAAUCUGAGAAGCCACUACAGGCUGGCCUUCCAACAGGGCUGAAUGAAAAUCAAUCAGGUGGCCCGUUGGGGGCAGACAGCCCAUCUGCUGAGUUAGAGAAGAAGGCAAAUCUCCUCAAGUGCGAGUACUGUGGGAAGUAUGCUCCUGCAGAGCAGUUUCGUGGCUCCAAGAGGUUCUGCUCCAUGACUUGUGCUAAGAGGUACAAUGUGAGUUGUAGCCAUCAGUUCCGGCUGAAGAGGAAAAAAAUGAAAGAGUUUCAAGAAGCCAACUAUGCUCGCGUUCGCAGGCGUGGACCCCGUCGUAGCUCCUCUGACAUUGCCCGUGCUAAGAUUCAGGGCAAACGCCACCGGGGUCAAGAGGACUCUAGCCGGGGUUCAGAUAAUUCCAGUUAUGAUGAAGCACUCUCUCCAACAUCUCCUGGGCCUUUAUCAGUAAGAGCUGGGCAUGGAGAACGUGACCUAGGUAAUCCCAAUAUGGCUCCACCUACACCGGAAUUGCACGGCAUCAACCCUGUGUUCCUGUCCAGUAAUCCCAGCCGUUGGAGUGUAGAGGAGGUGUAUGAGUUUAUCGCAUCUCUUCAAGGCUGCCAAGAGAUUGCAGAGGAGUUUCGUUCCCAGGAGAUUGAUGGACAGGCCCUUUUAUUACUUAAAGAAGAACAUCUUAUGAGUGCCAUGAACAUCAAGCUGGGCCCUGCCCUCAAGAUCUGUGCUAAGAUAAAUGUCCUCAAGGAGACCUAACGUGGCUUUCUUGCACAAACCAGCUGAAGGCAGACACUCUCCACUGUCCAGGUUAUAACCUGGUACCAGCAGACUUUGCAGGGAAGAAAGAGCUGUUUCAAUCAUGUAACCUUCUGUAGUGGGGAUUACUGAGACCAGAAAGAGAAAAGUAAGAACUAGUUGCUGGUGCUACAUGGUGGCAGCUUUGACAUUUUUCUCUGGGUUCUGUUUUAUUUUUAAAGUUCUUUACAAUUCUCACCAUUCCCACCUACCUUAACCCAAUCUCUAUAAAAGCAGCAGUCUAGAGAACUAGGACUGCUCAGCCUUAUCCUGGAGUGGAACUUAGCCCAAGUUCUUCAAAAGGAGGAAUUACAUAGUAUGGUAAGGCAAGGAAAUGGGUGGAAUGUAGGUUUGCCUUCCCAGUGGGAGAGGUAGGGUUUUUCUAGCUUGUGUGAUACAAGUAGCAAAAUCUGAUACCUCCUCUUCCCUCUGGAUUGUCCAACCGUAGCUGUGGCUCAGAGCUUUUUCUUUGUUGUCACUUAUUCCCUUAGUAUUGGGUAUUUUCUCCUGCAUCCACAGCAGGAUUCCCAGCCAGUGUAGAGACAUGGUUGGCAUCUUUCUGAUUCGCUGCAGGGACUAAAAGUGUUUGGCACAUGUGUGGCUAUUGUUACUCUUUCUGCAUCCCUUGUUCCUUUCCAAUUUAAUGUCUUCUACCCUACUUUUCAGUUCUAACUCUACCCUGUCCUAUAGCUUUAUAAAACAGGAGUGUGUGGGCUGAGGUCAGGAGUGUAAGAACCUGCCUUAGGCGCUAUUCCUUAUACAAAAAAUAUUAAAUAUUUUUUCUUCCUCAUUAAAAGGAUGAAAAUUGGUCUCAUCUCUUACACCAUUCCAGUACCUACCCUCUUUUUUUCAUGCAAAUGACUAAACCAACAAAUUUUGUUUCUUUUUUAAUCAUUAAGUGUUUUUGUACAAAAAGUGGUGUUCUUUUGUUUUCACUUUAAAACACCAGGGUGUUGGGGGAGAGAUGCAAGAAAUAACAAAAAAGAUGCUUUUAUAACAUUUUCCCUGUUUAGAAAGAAGAAAAAUCAUUCCAAUAGUAAAGUCCAAAGAUGAAAUAAUUUCAUUUUCUUCUCUGAAGGCUUAUAAAGGGCCCCCUGUCUAUUUUUUCCAUCCCUCUUUUGUGUCCAGUGGAGCCAUGUUACUCUUCAGUGGCCCAGGGGUUCACUAUCACAGAAAGAUCAGCCCAGGUUUCUGGGCACAUGGCCUAAACAGAAAGAUGGAAGCAUCAGAGGAUUAAAAACCUUUCUCCACAGAAAUGUGGGCAAGAAGAUACUUCCCUGAGCCAGCAGAAGGGACAGGUGCAGCAGCAUUCCACACCCAAAGCAGAGAACAGCAAAACUCUAGAUGUCCCACAUCUGCUUCCAUUCCCUUUCCAGAAGAUUAAAAAAAACCCCAAAAAACUAAAACCACAUGCCUGCGAAGAAAGUGCAACAUGUUUAGAAAUGCUGGUAGCAGGAAAUGGGAAUAAGAAAAUUUUGCCAGCUUUUACUACAAAUGAGAGAAAAAAAAAAAAAAAUCAAGAAGAUGCCAUCACUGCAUAGUAAAUAGACUUCUCUUUUCCGGAACUCCGUUAGCAAAGGAGGUCAGUUCAACUUCUCUAAUAAACUGGAGUAGGCAUUUUGGCUCUGUGGAAUGUUAACCACAAGCCUACAAUGCAGGGCCCCAAGUCCAGCGAUAAAGUUACUCCAAUGCCAACAAGUGAUGUGAUGGUAUCUAGUAAUCCUGUAGUUGGGAUAUUUCACACUUUUCCUUUCCUAAUCCCAGAGGUGGGAGAAGCAAGUCUAAAAUAUCUUCAGGCUCAGAACAAAUGGGAGUACAUGGAUUAUAACCAAGUAAUCACUGCAAAGUAAUUCCAAGCAGCAAGAAAUUUACCAGAUUCUCAUGGAGACUACUGUAGGGUGCAGAGUAAUAACAUGAAAGCAAUCAAACCUGUAUAAAUAAUACUUCUUUGCCUUUUUGUUUUAAUUAAAGAAAUCCAGUGUCUCAAAAA